AUGAUAAUAACAAAUGAGAAAGAAUUUGAUAUCUUCGUCGCUAGCAGAAUAGGAUCCUUUAAACACAUUAAAUACCAUAGAGAUCCCUUAAAAAACAGCAAAAAAUGCAUAGAGAAUCUAGUGGAGGUCAAAAGCCUGCAGAAAGAUGACACAAUCACAUCUAUGGUAUGGGGCAAUGUAGACCAAACCGAAAUAAUAAUUGGCAGGCGAAAUCAACAGAUCCAGGUCUACAACACCCAGAAGGCGGAAUUCACAAAAAGUUACACUGCGGACUUCGGUGCGGGUGAUGUAGUUGGCCUGGGUCGGCACCAGAGGAAGUUUCUUGCUGCAGUCGCCAGCGGUGUGGUGAGGAUAUGGAGCAAGAAGGAGGAGGCAACAGUGGAAGUUGGUGGCAAGAUUGAUACAAUGCGGGUCUGCGGGGAGGACAGUUCGUUGUUUGCCACAGGUGGCGAAGAGAACGAUUUGAAGGUGUGGCGGAUCGGCGAGAGCUCUGCCCAGUUCGUGGCGAAGAACCUGCCACUGGACUGGUUGCAGCUCCGGCCGCCCGUCUGGGUGUCGGGGCUCGUGUUCCUGCCAGGGUCUGGGGGUCGAGAGCUGGCCGUCUGCUCCAGGCACGGAUACGUCAGAUUAUACGACACGAGGGCGCAGCGGAGGCCCGUCUGCAACGUCACGUUCCCCAAAAUGGCGGCCACUUGCAUUGAGACGAGCUUCGAUGAAAGGCAGGUGCUGGUGGGCUUCGGACGCGGUCAGCUGCAACAAGUGGACCUGCGCAGGGGCAGGCCCGACAAGGGGUUCAAGGGCUGCGUGGGGGCGGUGACCAGCGUGGCCGUCCACCGCCCGCUGCGGCUGCUGGUCACCACCAGCCUCGACCGCCACCUGCGCGUGCACGGCUUCGACACGAAGGAGAUGCUGCAUAAGCAAUACCUUACGUCGAAGCUCUCAGCCGCCCUGGUGCAGACGGAGUGCUCGACCCCGCUGCUGAACGCGCCCGAAGCAGACGUCAAGGAGGAGUUGGAGGAGGAGGCAGUGGAAGUAGACGAGAUGGACGAGCUCUUCGAGCAAAUGGAGACCGUCGGCGAGAAGCCGCGGAAGAAGCAGGCCGAAGAACAGCCCCAGGUUCCUGAUGACGCGAAGAGGAUGAAACCCUCGACAGAGGGCAGCACCGACGCAGACCUCGACGAGGGCGCAGAGGAGGAGGAGGACAAGAUCAUGAGGCUCCUGAAGAGCACUGAGAGGCAGAAGAGGAGAUUGGAGAAGAGAAGGAAGGAGAAGAAAGCGCGCAGCGUCUUUCACAAUGCA